AUGGCUCCAAAAACCACUCUCCACGCUCUUUGGUCUUGUAAGAAAGUCAAGCAGGUUUGGUAUCUCUCUCCAUUUCAUAAUGCUAUUGGGAGUUGGAAGAAUGGAACCUUUUUGGAGUUAUUCAUUUAUGCUACACCUCUCUCUUUAGUGUCUGAGUUGUCUUUUAUUGUGGUCAUGUGUCGACGAUUAUGGCAAAACCGUAGUGAAAAGUACUUUCAAUGUAAAUUUAUUAGCCCUCAGUUAAUCCACUUCCAAGUUCAACAUCAGGUGCAAGAAUUUGUCGCUGCAAUUCUACCUUCCCCUCUUGGUUCAUCUGUAUCUACUGCUGCUACUAUUGAACAUUGGGUUAAACCUCUCUUUCCUUACUUGAAACUUAAUGUUGAUGGUGCGGUUGAUUUAAAGGCUGAUUUACGCAAUUUGGGGGCAGUGUUAAGGAAUGAUAGAGGUGAGAUGAUGCUGGCAGUUUCUAAAGGAAUGCAAGGUCGGUUCACUCCCAAGGCCACUGAAUUAUUUGCUGCAAUAUUGGGGCUGCAAGCUUGUAUUGAGACAGGUUUCCAAUCUUCUUCUUUGAUGUUGGAAAUGGAUGCAUUGGAGGUGAUCCGUGAUUUACAUGAAGAGGAAGACAACAUGUCUAUGGAGGGUGCUCUUAUAGAAGAAGUGAAGACUCUUUUCCGCAUCUUCUCUCCGGUUAUUUGUACUUGUACCCCUAGAAAAUGUAAUCAGGUAGCACAUACUUUAGCUAGGAAAGCGUUUUUGUUUCCUACAUUUCAGGCUUGGGUAGAGGAUGGACCUCAUUGGCUAUCCGAAGUACUUAUAUCCGAUGUAAAUAUCUCAAUUGCUUAG